GCCAAAGAAAAAAUAGUAGAGCCUGAUGUUACUAGCGAAGUGACUGUCAUAGGAUUGUUGUGUCCAGUUGCUCUUUCCUUUUUACGUGACAGCCAAUUCCUCAUAUUCAGAACCGUUCUCAAUUUCCAAACCCACCUUUUGUUUCCUUGAUAAUAACCAUCAGCCUCUUUGACAUCCUUUCUGAUAUACACACUCAUUUCCAGCAAUGUCUUCCCCAUCAGCUCCCAUGGCAACCCACAUCGACGAAGAGUCUACACUUCCCCCCAACAACCCCAUCAUCAUCAGCACCGGUGAAGUCCUCUCUCUUCUGGGAGCCCUCAUAACCCUGAAGCUUCUCCACGCUGUAGCAUUCCUAUUUCGCCUUGACAAAAGCCGGAAACGACCACUGAAAAGCCCAGUCGUUCGAGCUAUUGUUCUCAGAGAGCAACUUAUCAUCAAUAUUUUCUUAUCUGUCAUGCCCGAGGGUGUCUUCCGCUCACCCACAAUCCCGGAUGCAAUUGAGAUAGCACAUUUUCCAUCAGUCGAUGGCCCUGCAGAUGAAAGCCGGACAUCGUCUGACGUGCAGAGCCCUCUUAUCCAUGCCUCACCUUGUGUACCAACUGGAUUUCGUCAGUGGCACUGCGGGUCAAGCCGCGGCGUGGAAGCUUUUUUUCCCAGCCAUCAACUCCCAGAGUCAGCACAUGCAGCAAGCGAAAGCAGCAGUGCACAACGGUUACUCUGCGCCAACGAAGAUGAAGAACAGAGAAGUUUAUCUGUCUCUCAUAUCGAUUCUCCUAGUGUGAACCAGACAAGUGUAUCUACUUUGAACCCAGAGUACGCUGCGCUCAGGGCUGAGAGACAGCGCUUGGGCCCUGCUAGUCGGCCGCGGUCUGUUGACUCUGUUGAGUUGCCUCUAAUGAACGACUCGUGUGCAAUCUUGAUAUUGGAAGAGGGGUCAAGGUCAGCUCGGCCAACGGAGGGUUAUCCUGCAAGAUUUUCUAUCAGUGAAGGGUCGUAUGGUAAUUUGUCUAUGACGCCACACUGUACAAGAAGUCGGAGUGUGACUUCCGUGCGGCCGUUUUCAGACCUUUGAUAUUGGAUUAUUCUUAGCGUUGCUUGAAGUAUCUGAGUUGAUGUUUUGGCUAAGCAGUCUUUUAUUGUUAACCCAGUGAC